UAUCUAAAGAGACACACAACUCCAGUUUUAGAUUAGUUGAAGGUUUAGUUAAACCAGUAAUUAACAACAAAAGGUAUGACAACACAAACAGAUGAUACACAUGACAAACCUCAUGUCUGUGAGGUAUGUUGUAAAGGCUUCAGUCAGUCGGGCAGUUUAAUGAAACACAUGAGAAUACAUACAGGUGGUAAACCUCACAACUGUGGUGUAUGCGGGAAGGGCUUUAGUCGGAUGGGUAAUUUAAAGACUCAUAUGAGAACACAUAGGAACAAACCUUAUGGCUGUAAAGUAUGUUGUAAAAGCUUUAGUCAGCUGGAUGAUUUGAAGACUCACAUGAGAACACAUACAGGUGACCAACCUCACAACUGUGGUGUAUGCGGGAAAGGCUUUAGUCGGCUGGAUAAUUUAAAGACUCAUUUGAGAACAAAUAGAAACAAAACUCAUGCCUGUGAUGUAUGCAGUAAAGAGUUCAGUAAGCCUUGUAGUUUAAACAUUCACAUGCUCACACAUACAGGUGAUACAUUGCAUGUAUGUAAAGUAUGUGGUAAAGGCUGUAGUCGGCUCGGUGGUUUAAAGACUCACAUGCGAACACACACAGGGGAUACACCUUAUGUGUGUGAUGUAUGUGGUAGAGGCUUUAGUCAGUCGGGUAGUUUGAAGAAUCACAAGAGAACCCAUACAGGUGAUAAACCAUAUAUCUGUGAUGUCUGUGGUAAAGAAUUUAGUCGGCUGGAUGAUUUAAAAGAUCACCUGAAAAAACAUGUGGGCGAUAAACUUUAUGGCUGUGAUGUGUGUGGAAAAGGGUUUGGUCGGCUGGAUAAUUUAAAGAAUCAUAUGAGAACACAUACGGACGAUAAACAUCAUGACUGUGAUGUUUGUGGUAAAGGGUUUAGUCAGCCUUGUAGUUUGAAGAAUCACAAAAGAACACAUACCGGUGAUAUACAUGUACCUUAUGAAUGUGAUGUAUGUGGUAGUGGGUUUAGUCGUCUUGGUAAUUUACAGACACACAUGAGAACACAUACAGGUGAAAAACCUCAUGCCUGUGAUUUAUGUGGUAAACAGUUUAGUCAGUCGAGUAGUUUGAAAAUUCACAAGAGAACACAUACCGGUGAUAAACCAUAUAGCUGUGAUGUAUGUGGUAAAGGGUUUAGUCAGUCUAGUAAACUAAGGUAUCACAUGAGAACACAUACAGGUCAUAAACCUCAUCAUUGUGAUGUAUGUGGUAAGGGCUUUACUCGGCCGGAUAGUCUAAAGACUCAUAUGAAAACACAUACGGACGAUAAACCUCAUGAUUGCGAUGUAUGUGGUAAAGGCUUUAGUCGGCUGAAGGAUUUAAAGACUCACAUGAGAACACAUACAUAUGAUCAACCUCAUGACUGUGGUGUAUGCGGUAAGGGCUUUAGUCGGCGUCAUUAUUUACAGAUUCACAUGAGAAUACAUACAGGUAAUAAACCUCAUUCAUUCGACUUAACAACAAAAGGUAUGACAACACAAACAGAUGAUACACAUGACAAACCUCAUGUCUGUGAGGUAUGUUGUAAAGGCUUCAGUCAGUCGGGCAGUUUAAUGAAACACAUGAGAAUACAUACAGGUGGUAAACCUCACAACUGUGGUGUAUGCGGGAAGGGCUUUAGUCGGAUGGGUAAUUUAAAGACUCAUAUGAGAACACAUAGGAACAAACCUUAUGGCUGUAAAGUAUGUUGUAAAAGCUUUAGUCAGCUGGAUGAUUUGAAGACUCACAUGAGAACACAUACAGGUGACCAACCUCACAACUGUGGUGUAUGCGGGAAAGGCUUUAGUCGGCUGGAUAAUUUAAAGACUCAUUUGAGAACAAAUAGAAACAAAACUCAUGCCUGUGAUGUAUGCAGUAAAGAGUUCAGUAAGCCUUGUAGUUUAAACAUUCACAUGCUCACACAUACAGGUGAUACAUUGCAUGUAUGUAAAGUAUGUGGUAAAGGCUGUAGUCGGCUCGGUGGUUUAAAGACUCACAUGCGAACACACACAGGGGAUACACCUUAUGUGUGUGAUGUAUGUGGUAGAGGCUUUAGUCAGUCGGGUAGUUUGAAGAAUCACAAGAGAACCCAUACAGGUGAUAAACCAUAUAUCUGUGAUGUCUGUGGUAAAGAAUUUAGUCGGCUGGAUGAUUUAAAAGAUCACCUGAAAAAACAUGUGGGCGAUAAACUUUAUGGCUGUGAUGUGUGUGGAAAAGGGUUUGGUCGGCUGGAUAAUUUAAAGAAUCAUAUGAGAACACAUACGGACGAUAAACAUCAUGACUGUGAUGUUUGUGGUAAAGGGUUUAGUCAGCCUUGUAGUUUGAAGAAUCACAAAAGAACACAUACCGGUGAUAUACAUGUACCUUAUGAAUGUGAUGUAUGUGGUAGUGGGUUUAGUCGUCUUGGUAAUUUACAGACACACAUGAGAACACAUACAGGUGAAAAACCUCAUGCCUGUGAUUUAUGUGGUAAACAGUUUAGUCAGUCGAGUAGUUUGAAAAUUCACAAGAGAACACAUACCGGUGAUAAACCAUAUAGCUGUGAUGUAUGUGGUAAAGGGUUUAGUCAGUCUAGUAAACUAAGGUAUCACAUGAGAACACAUACAGGUCAUAAACCUCAUCAUUGUGAUGUAUGUGGUAAGGGCUUUACUCGGCCGGAUAGUCUAAAGACUCAUAUGAAAACACAUACGGACGAUAAACCUCAUGAUUGCGAUGUAUGUGGUAAAGGCUUUAGUCGGCUGAAGGAUUUAAAGACUCACAUGAGAACACAUACAUAUGAUCAACCUCAUGACUGUGGUGUAUGCGGUAAGGGCUUUAGUCGGCGUCAUUAUUUACAGAUUCACAUGAGAAUACAUACAGGUAAUAAACCUCAUUCAUUCGACGUAUGUGGUUAAAAGUUUAGUCGUCGGUGUAAUUUACAGACACAUGAGAACACAUACAGGUGAUUAACCUCAUGUCGAAGAUGUUGGAGAUAAAAGUUUUAGUUAUUUUAGAAAUGUGCAGAGACACAUGAGAACACAUACAAGAGUUACAUCUCAUGACUGUGAUGUUGGAGAUAACGAUUUUAGUAACUUCAAAAAUGUACAGAGACUCAUGAGAACAAAUACAGUCGAUAAAUCUCAUUAUUUUGAUGUUGGUGGUAAAAGUCUUAGUGUUAUCUUAGAAAUGUGCAGAGACACGUGAGAACACAUAUAUAGGAGAUACAUUGUAUGUACAUGUAUGUGGUAAAAGUUUUAAUCUGAUUUGUAAUUUACAGAAACACAUUACAAGACAUGUACAGCCUGUAAAACCACAAUAAUGUAAUGCAUGUGUUGCAGAAUUUAUUGGAAUUUGUGACUUAAAAAGACAACUUAGAAUACAAACUUGGGUAAAACUCGUUAAAAUGAAUUUUGUAUUAAAAAAUUUAUUUGAAGUAAUAAAUUAAUAGUUGUUAAAGAUUGAGUAAAUGUUAGAACAUACA